AUGUUAGACAGAUUGGCUGGGAAAGAGUUCUACUGCUUCCUUGAUGGCUAUUCAGGUUACAAUCAAAUAGUCAUAGCUCCAGAAGACCAAGGAAAGACAACAUUCACAUGUCCCUACGGUACUUUUGCUUUCAGAAGAAUGCCAUUCGGGUUGUGUAAUGCACCUGCUACAUUCCAGAGAUGUAUGAUGACACUAUUCUCAAAUCUAAUUGAGUCAUCCAUGGAAGUCUUCAUGGAUGAUUUUUCAGUAUUUGGGGAAUCUUUUCAACAGUGCCUAGAUAAUUUAGAGCUGGUGCUGGCUAGAUGUCAAGACAGUAACUUGGUGCUUAACUGGGAGAAAUGCCAUUUCAUGGUCAAGGAAGGCAUUGUCCUUGGUCAUAGAAUAUCUAAGAAAGGAUUGGAAGUGGACAGAGCUAAGGUGGAAGUCAUUGAGAAAUUGCCUCCACCUGCCAAUGUUAAAGGUGUCCGAAGUUUCCUAGGGCAUGCUGGAAUUUCUACAGAAGGUUUAUAA